UGCUACAUGCCAUUCAUAUUGUAUAACACUAUGUGGUGAAGGCUGGACUCAAAGGCUGACCUUACAGCAUAACAUGGAGAUUCAUUUGAACCUGAAUUGACACUGUAAAGCCGCUUCUAGUUUAACUAGACCUCCUGGAACCGACUCAAGGGCCCGUAGAUGUCCUUGAACCAUACCUUUGGCAACCUUCUGCUAGCUUCAGCAAGGCAACACCCACUCCUCCUCUGUAGCUCCCUCUGCAUCCUCCCCCCUGCUCUCCAGAGUCCGCUACCGCCAGGGCUCCCUACUUUAGUGAGGGACUGCUAAAUCACAGCUGAGAAGAAACAUUCUUCACAUCUCAAGGAACUAAGCAAAACACGUGUGGUAGAAUGCUGCGUUCACAGACACUACGCAAUUGAAAUGAAAAGACGCAAAACAGUUUUUCUCAAGACGACUAAUUAAGGAUGCACUUGUUAUUGUUCCAAAAUAUAGGCCUGCUGGCUUGUUUCCACAGCUUCAUAUCAGCCUUCACACUGGAAACUAGAAAUCAUAAAUUCGAUGAGUCCUACUAUGAGUAUGUGGCUGAUCGCCUGGAAUGGAAAGAUGCAGGGGAAAUGUGUAACCAGCGCUCUGGGGUCUUAGCCACUGUCUCCAGCCCAGUAGAGAAGCAAGAGCUUACCAGCUUUUUAAAAUCCUUGAACAUCUCUCAUCCUGUGUGGAUUGCCAGAAAAGUCCAGACACAUCCAGCAAGUUCCUCCAAGACCCUCAUCCUGGAGUUCAGCGGGCGCUCGGAAAGGAAGCAUGCCCGUCUCUUGCACAGAUUCCCCUCCAUGGAUUCGGUGACUGUUUGCACCCGUCUUUGCUUCGAUCCAAAUUGCUUUGGAAUUUCCACAAUUUUUUCUUAUUCCAUCCCGUCAUAUAUAAAUGAGUUCCAGCUCCGCGUGAACCUGAGCCAGGGCAAACCGGUGCAGCUGGCUCUGCUGGUUCAUGGCAUUCAUGGACCAUACCGAGAAGCCUUCAACCACGAUGACUCCUGGCACUCGGUCUGCGUUUCUUGGAGCCAGAUUGAUGGACGAUGGGCCCUAUUCACUGAUGGCCGAGCGGAAUCUAGGGGAGAUGGCCUAAAUUCUUCCAAUAUUGGCCCUGAUGGUCUUUUCAUUCUGGGACAGGAGCAGGACACCUUUGGAGGUUCAUUUAAGAAGGAUGAGUCAUUCUCAGGGAGCAUCACAGAGCUGCACAUAUGGGAUCGAGUACUGAACAGCAGUGAAAUCUACACUAUGGAAAAGCAGUGUUCACCCAUUUCCUCUGGGCUGGUGUUCAAGUGGAGUGGAGCAGCCAUGGAAAUAGAGACCUCCCUUACCAAGCUGUGGAAAGACGUGCCAUGUCAAGUGUCGGGAAAUUCUUUCUUGGAUUCCCUCCUGGGCGGAAAUUCUUUGCAGAAUCAAACCAUCUACGUUGAGGUCCAAAGGCUGGAUCAUGAUGAGGAUUGUGGCAUCUUUGACCCUCUCAUCAGGAACUCUAGCCUAGCCAAGUGUAAAGCCUCCAACAGUGCGGUCUGCAAGGUUAAGAAAGAAUUGCCAGAUGGUUUCAGUUUACCAAAGACCCAGUUAUUCAGCAGAUUGAACAAAGAUCCUCAGAUCAAACCUGUGAUUGUCGAGCUGAGUGGUAAUAGCUCCUGGAACAGAGACCUGGCCCUGCUGCAGCAACUGACCCAGGCUGUUCUGCAAGAGGUGGAGGUGGGUGGCUCUCACCUCCUCACCUCCAGUGAUGUACUUUACCUCACCCAGAUGAUAGAGAAGGACCUGGCUAGUUCUCACUCGGCUCGAGCUGAUGCAGCAGAAGUCAUGGUGUCCAUUGCUACCAACUACCUUAAGGUGGCGAGUUUGAUGCUGGAUCCCGGCAUGGCUACACAGUGGAUGGGCUUGACAGAGGACUGGGUCAGCGUGGGACCAUUUACUGUUGUCCAGAGCAUUGACAGACUCACUGAAACUCUUGCAAACAUUCUAUCCGCUGAGAAAAGAGGCUUCACUCUUUCUACAAAGAAUAUAGAUGUUUGCCUGACGUGGCAGAAGCUGACUGAAGACAGCCUUAGUCAAGUCUUCAAGCCAUCUGCAGUCAGCUCUCACACUGCUGGCAGGAGUAGUCAGGAUGAGCUGCUUAUUCCUGACACUGAGCUCCACAGGAUACACGCUCUGGGAUAUGAGGAAGUGAUGUUUAUACAUACCCACUACAGCCGUUUGAGUGAGAUUGUGGCUGAAUCACAGGAGCCAUCACAGAGUCACCAGGAGAAUGUGAAAAGAAUUCACCCCGGUCACCUGGCUUCUGCUGUCGUAUCAGCCACUGUGCGUGAUGCCUUCAAAGGCCAAACCAUCCCUGUGGCCCUCAAGUACACCCUUUCCUCCUCACAUGUGGUGGAGUAUUCACUGCGAGUUAGUCCCGUUUGUGCCUUUUGGAAUUUCAGCUUGUUGCAUAAUCAAACCAGUAGCUGGUCCAGUGAUGGUUGCAUGGUCACCUUUGCUGGCUCUGGGGUCACUUCCUGUCUGUGUAACCACACAACCAACUUUGCAGUGCUGAUGAAUUACCUGGAGUCAAAGUGGAGUCCUGAGGAAGAGCUUAUUUUGACCAAGCUGACGUUCAUCGGUGCGGGUGCAUCUCUGUGUGCGCUGGUGGUCACCUUGAUGCUUUUCACUGUGCUGGAUAUCCCCAAGUCUGACAGGACGUCUAUCCAUAAGAACCUGUUCAUUGCUCUGAUCUGCGCCCAGGUCAUCCUACUCUGCAGCGGCUCUGCCAUCCACAACAAGGUGGCGUGUACACUUGUGGCAGCACUGCUCCAUCUCUUCUUCAUGGCAGCCUUUAGCUGGAUGUUGGUGGAAGGACUGCUGCUCUGGAGCAAGGUGGUCGCAAUCAACCUAAGCGAGGAGCGUCACAUGAAGUAUUACUAUCUCAUCGGCUGGGGUCUGCCAGUGCUGAUAGUCACCAUCACGCUUGCAUCAGCCUCAGGCAAAUACUCAGCCGACGGCUACUGUUGGCUCAGUGUCCAGAAUGGUGUUAUAUGGGGCUUUGCUGGACCUGUCAUCUUCAUCAUCAUGGUGAAUGUCUUGGUGCUGACCCGGGUGGUGAUCAUCACCAUCUCCACAGCUAAGAGAAGGUCCAUCAUGUUGGCCAUGGGCACCAGUCCUGUGGAACAAGCCUAUGAGCAGAUCAGGGCUGCAGUGAAAGCCAUUUUGGUGUUGCUGCCUAUCCUCGGAUUGACAUGGCUGUGUGGUGUCUUGGUGCCUUUCUCCAUUGUCAUGGCCUACAUCUUCAUCCUUCUUAACUCCCUGCAGGGCCUGUUCAUCUUCCUGAUAUAUGGGGUGUACAACACAGAGGUUCGGAGCACGGUCAACAGGAUCAAGGAGAGGAGAAAAGCGCUUAAUUUUUCAAACUGCGCCAGUUCCCGACCAUCCAGCUCAGUUACCAGCUCUCGUCCUGUCAGUUUCCCGUUAGGAACUACGCCAAGCCAGGAGGAGGAGGCCACCCCUACCCACACUUGCAGCAACACCCCCAGCCUGGGGAAGGAGGAAGACAGGACCAGAGGUCAGCUGUCCAUUCCUUGUGGUCCAGAGAGACUAGAGAGUCCCUUGAGCCAAACUUCCAAAGGCAAUUAUGUGCACAGAAAGGAGCCCUGUUCCUCAGAGGUGGAUGCCUUGCCAGCUGGUUGUAGUCUUCAUGUUCCCAUGGACCUGGAGUUUACCGCCUCCUGCUUCCCCCGAAGUCCUUUGCCUCAGAAAAGCUAUGGCCUCGUCCACGUUGACUGACCUGGCUGGUGACGGUGAUUGAAGUUUCUUUUUUUUUUUUUAUCAAAGCUGGUGAAUUAUUUUACUUAUAUUAUAGCUUUUUUUCCCCUUCACUAUUCUCUCUUAUGAUCACUGUAGAGACGCAGCACAUCUUUGUUUUUUUCAGUGCAUACCUUUGUACUAGUUGUUACUAUUUUCCAUUUUGUAGGACUUAUUUUUGCUUUAGACAUUGUUCUUAUUUUAAAAUGUGCUGCAUAAUAAUGUAAGCUAAAUGCCUCAAUUAUAACUUUGAUCUAAACUCCAAAUUGUCAACUAAAAGUUCAUUGUUUUUUAUGCUUGUAUGUCUUUCAUGGUGUUUUAUUUUUUAUGGCUUCACUUGCCGCUUCUAAGAGCACUACUGAAUAUCGUCCAGUAAAGUGUGCGGUAGUACUGCAUUCAGAUACAUAAACUGAGUAAUGGGCCCUAUUUGUGAUCAGUCAGUGUGAGAUGUCAAUCAUAUUGAGACUUUUAUGAUAUGCCAUCAGCUUUUUCUCUCCCCCGGUUUCCUGUCACUCCAUUAUCAAACUCUCAAAUAGUGGCAUGAAAAAAAAAAAGUAGGACAGCUGAGUUAACUUUCUUUACAUCUUAUUUCCCAUUUGAACUUAUUCCUACGUUAUUCGAAGCAGGUUGAAAUAGCUUUUCCUUUUCCCCACAAAAAACCUAUGCAGCAAAACGGGACAGCAUUAGUGUGUGCUGGAAGCCAGAAUCUGAAGAUAUAAGCAUAAUAAUCAUUUAUUGAAAUAUGAGUGAAAAUUAAAUUAGUCUCAGAGAGCCGCUCCCAAUGACAGAGGCAGUGAUAGGGACAGUCAGAAGAACAGCAAGCGGGGAAAAAGUCAUAAAAAAGCAGGAGGGAUAUAGCAUUUUGAUCCAUUUUGUACCCAUGUGUUGACAGCGUACGUGAGCAUUUUAAUGAUAAUAAAUACAUAAAUAAAUUCCUCGUUUAACCAUGAGUUAAAGAGUUGAUCUUAAGCUACAGACUGAUUUGUUUAAAACCAAACUUUAACCUCCAAAUUCUGACUAAAUAUUAUUAUUAUUAUUUUUUUUAAUACGUUUAAUAAAAAAAAAAAAGAAAGCCUGCUGUUGCGAAUGGAGCAUUGACCAAAUUAAUUUGCAUGACUUGAUGCCUGCAUGUGGUGUAGAGUUCACCUGUAUGUAAUGGCACAUUCAAAGCAGCAGCAGAACCUCAACACAGAAUUUGAGAAAGUUGCUGAUAAAAGAUUGUCUGAUGAGGGUGUCAGAAAAUUGAGAUCAGAAACUCAACUGCUUAAUAACAUGGGACUUUAAGUUAAUUUUCUGUACAAUAAACAUGCCAUUGAAAGACUCCCGAUUGUUCUAUGACCUAAUUGAUAAGAUGUUGACAGGUAAACAAAUAAACCACAAGUAAAUGUGGGAGGCAAGCGUUUGGACAUUUUUGAACAGUAACAACAAGAACAGUACAUGUGAACAAUUCCACAUGAAAUAAUUUAGGGUGCCAUUUUUUUGUGAAAAGAAAGCCAUUUAGGACACAGUACUAGAAGUCACAGAUCAAAGGGGUAAAGAUGCCGUCUUUGGUAUAAGAGCAAACUCGAAAGAACAAUGAUGCAGUUUGAAUAAAAUAACUUCAAACGUCUUUCAUACCUACUGUCUUCAAUACAAUAUUCCAUGUUUUUGACUUGCAUUAACAUUUAAAAGCCAAACAAAAUUAUGGUGAUUUUUUUAGUUUUUAAAAGCUUACUAUUUUGCUCCAGAGCUGCAUCAAUGAACUAAUUAUGGAAACAAAACAAGAACAUGCUACAGAAAACAAAUUUAUUCUGGCAUGGAAACCUCACGCCAUGUAACACAAAGAUGGAAACCCAGACACGCAAUAAAUUAUCUUCAUUAUUAAGCGUAACCAGUGACAUACUGUACAUCAAAAAGGUAAAAGCACUGUAAAUAAAAAAGGAAAGGAAAUCUACAAAAAAGGUUGUAAGUGAAACAGAACCCUUAUACAGCAAUGCUUUUAAAAAAAUGUUUAAAUGCCAGCAGACAAGAUAGAAAUUAAUAUCUUAAGUGUGAUUCCUUCUUGAUUUUAGUGUCUCACGACAUAAUUUAAGUACUGCUCAAAACAAAUAACAAAUAAACACUGUACACACACCAAAGAAAGCGAACCAGAGGAUCUUUUUUUUCGUUUUGUUGAUUUCAUUUUUUAGGAAAUCAUUGCUUUGCAAUUUAUGCUUCAUCACAGUUCUCUCCCAUAUGACCACAUGAAUGUAAACACCUGUUGAAUUAUUCUUUUUUAAUUUUUACAUUAAUACUUUAUAUAUAUAUUUGUACAUAUUUUCAUUCACAUCUGCACGGUUAGCUAGCAUGGUAAUGAAAUAAGGCAAGACUCACAUAACUGUGACAUCACAAUUUUUUUUCCCCCAUUAUAAUACUGAUUAUUAAGGUUUUGUAAUUUCCUCCUUCUGUUUUGGAGCAGCCUUUGGUCUUUCUGGACAAAGGCAGGGUCGAUCCUUCUCCGUCUCAAGAAUCACACUUUGUUUUGUUCCAGUUGCAAUGAAAUACUAAAAAGAGAGUGUGUUUUGCAGGAAAAAGGGGCUAUAAAUACACUUUUUUCAGCUUACAUCAUUAAUUGAAUUUAUUUAACACUGGUCUUUCUGAGGUACAUAGUUUAAGAUGAUUCAGGGAGGUGGAAUAAGAAAGGGGUACGACAAUAUGACCAUGAGGAGCAAAAGUCUUCCAUUACAAGAGAAAAAAAACUCCGAUUUUUUCUUCUUAUUGGCCUAUCUAUCAUUUUGUUCAAUAAAGACUGUUUCUUUUUUAGACUUUUUUUUUUUUCAGUUCGUCCCUCAGUCAGAUCAAGCUGCCGUGGCAGGCGUGUUUUGUGAGUUCAAAAAACAGAUGUGAUAGUAAGUUAGAGUCUUUGGCCUGGUUGACUGGCUGUCCGUUCAUCUUUACAGUACCAACAACAGCUAAAAGCUGGUUUCAGUGAGAGAGCAUUCGGAGGAUCAUCGACCAAAAAAGCCACCGCUCUAGUCACAAAGCUGUCUGUCCGAAAGAUAGGUGGUGUUUCUCAGCUUCCUGUCUUAGCACAAAUGGCAUCUCAAAAUGUCCACAGUGCUCAAACAUUUAAGAGUGGUUAUUUCUUAAGUUUCAACCUGCCAGCCUGAUAAUGUGUUCUUUUCCAGAUGAUUGGAUCCCAUCUUGAGCCACAUUUGUUUCAAGUGUUUUUCUCCUCUUACUUUUAAUAUUGUCUUUUUUGUGGAGGAGAAGAGGCUUUUCUUUCAGACUUUUUUUUUAAUAGAAUAAAAGGAUCCAUAUACUGUUAGUGUUUACACAUUAUUUGUCUCUGUGCUUGUGUGUUUAUCCAGAUCUGUAUUCCAAGUUGUAACUUCAAAAUCAAAAUGAGCUUUAUAUAAACAAAAGUUGCUAACAA